CUGCUCUGCUACAGGAGGGUAGAUUACACAAGUAAUACCGGGAGAGAUUUUUUUUUGUCCUUUCUUGUAAGAAUAAAGCAUUUCCAGUUCCUACUGCCUGAUACAGCACCUCCUGGAAGCCGAAGAGAAGGGGCUGCAGAGCAGAAGCAGGAAUAUUAACGAGAAGGAGCAGGAAUUGGGUCGAGGAGGAUGUGAGCCUUGCCGGAGGUGUUCAGGAAGCUGCGAGGAGAAGGUGGAAAGUCUGGAGGCCGAGCCUGACCCUCAGGGGUUAUGUUGAGAGAGUCCAUGGCCCAGGAAACACGGAGGUUCACCAGGGCUCUGAGCAAACCUGGUACCGCAGCUGAGCUCCGGCAGAGUGUCUCCGAGGUGGUCCGGACCUCGGUCUUUGUGGCAAAACCAAAGGACAUUGAACCUAUAGACUACGAGAAUGUCUUGUUACAGAAGAAAGCACAAAUUAUCAGUGAUCCUUUGCGGGACAUGCUGCUUUUCCCUAAUGAAGAUUUUCAGAUUGUGACAAUGAAACGUCAUGGCAGAACACUCUUCUCCACAGUGCCUGAAAAUGCGAGGAAAGAAGCUCACAGUUUGCUGGUCACAGAAUGCAUUAAGACCUACAACUCUGAUUGGCAUCUCGUUCAGUACAAGUAUGAAGACUACUCAGGAGAUUUCAGGCAACUGCCAAACAAAGCACCAAGACCAGAAAAGCUUCCCGUUCAUGUUUUUGAAGUUGAUGAAGACGUUGACAAAGAUGAGAGCACAAGAGAUAUAGAAACUAAGAAGAAUGAAGGGAGAUUAAAACUUUUUGUUUUGGAUGCAGAUACACAGAAACUCGACUUCUCGAAUAUUGAACCAGAUGUGAAGCCAUUCGAGGAGAAAUUUGGAAAGCGGUUUCUGGUGAAAUGCAAUGAUUUGUCCUUCAAUUUGCAAAGCUGUGUGGCUGAAAAUGAAGAGGGACCUACGACCAAUGUGGAGCCUUUCUUUGUCACCCUGGCACUAUUUGAUAUCAAAAAUAGUCGAAAGAUCUCGGCUGACUUCCACGUUGAUCUAAAUCACGCAUCAGUUCGACACAUGUUUUCAAACUCGACAUCCAUUAUGAAUGGCGGGGAUACUUUAACCACCUCGCAGAAGUACAUCAAUGGCAUUCCUGAGAGUCUGUUACAGUAUCCCAAACAGGGAAUUUUUUCUGUCACAUGCCCUCAUCAAGACAUAUUUCUCGUUGCUCGUGUGGAGAAGGUUCUGCAGGGAGGUAUCACUCAGUGUGCAGAGCCCUACAUGAAGAGUUCUGAUUCAACCAAGGUUGCACAGAAAGUAUUGAAGAACGCCAAGCAAGCCUGUGCGAGACUUGGACAGUACAGAAUGCCUUUUGCCUGGGCUGCAAGGCCCAUCUUCAAAGAUAAUCAAGGAACUCUUGACAAGACUGCUCGCUUCUCAGCCCUUUACAGACAAGAUAGCAAUAAGCUCUCCAAUGAAGACUUGCUAAAAUUGUUGUUGGACUUCAGGAAACCAGAAAAGAUGUCUAAACUUCCUGUUAUUUUGGGGAACUUAGAUAUCAACAUCGACAAUGUGGCUUCAGAUUUUCUGACUUGUGUUAACACCUCGUACAUCCCGGUGAAACAUUUUGAAAAUGGUUCCAAGGUCACAGUUACUCAUGAAGUGGAAGAAUUUGUUCCAUGUAUAGCAAAGCUUUCCCAACCCUUCACAACCUAUAACAAUCAUUUGUAUAUUUAUCCAAAGCAUCUGAAGUAUGACAGUCAAAAAUCAUUUGCAAAAGCAAGAAAUAUUGCAGUCCGCAUCGAGUUCAGGGACAGUGAUGAGGAAGACUCUCAGCCUCUGAAGUGUAUCUAUGGGAGACCUGGGGGUCCUGUGUUUACAAAAUAUGCUUUCACAGUAGUGUUACAUCACCAUCAAAAUCCAGAGUUCUACGAUGAGAUUAAGGUGGAGCUGCCAACCCAGCUACAUGAGAAGCAUCACUUGUUGUUCACAUUCUACCACGUCAGUUGUGACAAUUCGAGCAAAAGCACCACCAAGAAACGGGAAACCAUUGAAUCACAAGUUGGCUACGCCUGGCUACCAUUACUGAAAGAUGGUCGAGUUGUAACCAAUGAGAAUCAGAUACCUGUUUCAGCGAAUCUUCCUUUGGGUUAUCUCGGUUACCAGGAACUGGGAAUGGGGAAGCACUCGGGCCCUGAAAUCAAGUGGGUCGAUGGAGCCAAGCAUAUUUUCAAAGUCUCGACGCAUCUUGUGUCUACAGUCUACACUCAGGACCAACACUUGAACAAUUUCUUCCAGUAUUGUCAAAAAUGUGACUCUGGAGCUCAGGCCUCAGGGACGGAACUCGUCAAAUUCCUCAAGAGCUUGCAUGCAAUGGAAGGCCAUGUGAUGAUCAAUUUCCUACCCACAAUCCUGAACCAGUUGUUUCGUGUGCUUGCAAGGGCCACACAAGAGGAUGUUGCAGUUAAUGUUACAAGAGUUCUUGUACACAUUGUCUCGCAGUGUCACGAAGGAUUGGAGUACUACCUGCGAUCCUACAUCAAGUUUGUCUUCAAAACAGAACCCUGCAACUCCUCCAAAUGCAAGACAGUACAUGAGGAGUUAACUAAAUCCAUGACUGUUCUGCUGAAAACAACGGCCGACUUUCUGACCUGUAACAAACUGCUCAAGUAUUCUUGGUUUUUUCUGGAGGCACUGAUCAAAUCAAUGGCCCAACAUCUUACAGAAACCAGCAAACUGAAGUUAUUCCGGAAUCAGCGUUUCCCAGCUUCUUACCAGCACACUGUGGAAACCCUUGUCAAUCUGUUAAUGCCACACAUCACUCAGAAAUACAAAGAUAAGCCAGAGGAGGCUCGGAAUGCAAAUCACAGCCUUGCUGUCUUCAUUAAGAGAUGCUUCUCAUUGAUGGACAGAGGAUUUGUCUUCAAACAAAUCAACAAUUACAUGAAGUGGUUCAGUCCAGGAAUCCCUAAGACAUUGUUUGAACUGAAGUUUGAAUUUCUGCGAGUUAUCUGCAACCAUGAACAUUACAUACCGUUAAACCUGCCAAUGCCAUUUGGAAAAGGCAGAGUUCCAAGAUAUCAAGACUUGCAGCUGGAUUUUACACUGACGGAUGACUUCUGCAAGAACCAUUUCUUGGUGGGGUUGUUACUAAGGGAGGUUGGCAGUGCAUUGCAGGAGUACAGAGAUGUACGUCAGAUUGCAAUCAGCGUACUGAAGAGCUUGAUGAUUAAACACACCUUCGAUGAUCGCUACUUAGCUAAGAGUCAGCAGGCCAGAAUCGCCACUUUGUACUUACCUCUCUUUGGCCUUCUGCUUGAAAAUGUACAGCGGAUCAAUGUGAAGGAUUGCUCUCCAUUUCCCAUCAACCAGUCCAGCAAUAGUGGAAAAGAGGAGUCUUCAUUCAGUUUACAAGCAGGAAGUACCAUGCUGACUCCACAGAGACCAGGAAACACGCUAGAUAACAGUGUCCACAAGGAAGUGUUUGGUGUUAUAUCGGGCACAGCUUCUCCUCAUGGAUCGUCCACUCCGACUAUCAGUGUAGUGAAGCAUGCGGACUCCAGAGGCUCUUUGAUCAGCACUGACUCAGCCACGAGUCUACCAGAACGCAACACUGAAAAGCGUAACUCCCUCGAUAAGAAUCAUAGCUGUGUCGGGGGCUCUCUGAUACGAUGUGACAAACUGGAACAGACAGAAAUACGCAGUCUCCUCAUGUGUUUCCUACAUGUGCUAAAAAGCAUGUCUGAUGAUGCAUUGAUUACUUAUUGGAACAAGGCUUCUACCGCUGAAUUGAUGGACUUCUUUACAAUCCUAGAAGUGUGUCUUCAUCAAUUCAGAUAUAUGGGGAAGCGAUACAUAGCAAGGUACUGUUACUGAUUCUACUCAUUGUCCUGAAAUGUCAGCCAGCACUUCCAUAAUUUCUUAAGUUUUGAAAAAGAGAAAGAAUUUGCAUUUCUGUGUCACCUUUCACAACCUCGGCAACUGAGCCCCAAAGUGCUUUACUGUAACAAAGUACUUUUGAGGUGUGGUCCCUGUUGGAAUGAGGUAGGUACAGGAGCCAAUUUACUCCUACAACCAGCGCUUGAUGAUUCAAGCAUAAAGCUGGCCUUCACAGUCUUUGUCAUUGGUUUUUAAUUUGUUUUGCGCAAAAACAUACCCACCCACAAACUAAGCUGCAUCGCAGAUCAAAGCGAUGAGUUUGACAAGUUUCUACCAACUGACCCCUGUUCGACAGGCUUGUUCAAUUUGUACAAGAACAGAAAAUGCUGGAGAAACUCAGCAGCUCUGGCAGCAUCAGUGAAGAAAAAGCGGAAUUGAUGUCUCUGGUCCAGUGACCUUUCUCCAGAGCAAAGUGCUCAAGUUUCCAUUUAUGGCAAAUUCUACAGCCCAGUAAACCUUUCACUGGUUCCCUACCUAUCCCAACAUGUACAUUUACAAACUGAAGUGAGAUCAGUGAAUUAUUUUUAUAAGACACUUCUUUAUUUUUAGUUUUGAGGACUAACUCCUUUUUCUGACAGCUUAUGUAAUUUAAAAAUUGUGAAGCUUUAUUUCAGAUGGACCAGUAGACAA